UUUAAAUGCCAUUGUUGCCAACUAAGUAGGUUUAGCAAUGUCGUGCCAGUUUUUAAGAAUCUUUUUAGCAAUAAUUCUCUAAGUUUUCAUUUCACCUGUUUAGAUUUAUUUUUCAUUUUCUCCCAUAACUACAUUUUUAACCAACAAACAACAAAACCAGUCCCCCUUCCCUCUCCCUCUCUUAAUGACGCCCCAAAUUCUUCGAGUAGUUGGCGUUAUUCUCUGUUGUUGUCUCAAAUACACACAUUCUCUCUUUUUUCCUUCCCACAAAUACCUUUCCUCCUCUCCGUUUGUAUUUGUAUGCUCGCAGCUGUGCUCAUUUCGCAAACACGCUUUCGCUGUCGGGGAAAAUAGUGGUGAAUGUAUUAGAUAGUAGAUGUGUAUGUGGAGUUUGGUGAACAAAGCCAAAAAUAAAGGAGGAAAAUGAAGACUGCCCCGCAGAGCUACACAUAACAACCAACACACUCUUUUUAAUACUUUUAUACUACAUAUAAUGUCUCUCUAACUAUUUAAUCUCUUCUCUUUUUCUCUCUCUCUCUUCCUCUCAUUUCUUUUCUCUCUAUCAUUCGAGUAGUGUCAUUAAGUCUCGUUUUGAAAUAAAAGUUAAAACAAAAAUUAAUAACAAAAACUCUUGCCCGCUCCUCUGAUCAAAAGUCUCGAUUCUUUUUACUCCUCUCCUCCCUCCCUUUCCUCUUCCCUUCCUCCUCUUCUCAUUUUUUUCCUUCAGCUCGGUUAAUGUUUUGGUGGCGUGGCGGUUGCUGUCAUACUUCUCCACACUCCUCUCCACACUA